AUGGGUGGUUUGAGUGUUAGGAAAAUUUCUACUCUUAACAAUUCUUUCUUAAUGAAGCAGGCCUGGAGGCUUCAUAAUAAUCCCCAACUUUUACUUGCUAAACUUUAUAAUGUUCGGGGAGUUUUGCCUAUGGCAACAUGUAAAAUUGUUACAUUACGAGGUAAUUAUUCUUGGGGCUAUAGGGGAAUUAGGAAAGAAGAGAAUUUGCAAGUUAAUGGUUGCGCUUGGAAAGUUGGUUCAGGCUCAAGAAUAAUUGCUGGGAAAGAUAAAUGGGUGGAAGGAAGAAUACAUGUUUUCUCCUCUAAUGUUCGACUUUCUGAAGCGAUGUUUUGGAAGGUUAGUAAUUUUUUGGCUCCUAAUUUCACUGGUUGGGAUUCUAGGAAAGUUUGGAACAACUUUGAGGCAAAGGAUGCUCGAAGUAUUCUCUCUACAGAACUUCCUGACUCGCCAGAAUUGGGUUUCCUUUACUGGCCUCAUCAUAUGUCAGGAAAAUUUACAAUAAAGACUGGUUAUGCUUAUCUUCAACAACUAGAGCAUGAUGACCAACUGAAUUUACAUCAUGAUUUCUACAGACUUCUCUGGUCUCUUAACCUUCCUCCAAAGUGA